AUGGCUGCACCCAAACCACCACAACUUCCUCCUGGAUCAGAAACUCUCAAGUAUCAGACGUGGGUUUUGAAAGUCUUGAUCCACUGCGAUGGCUGCACUAAAAGAAUCAAGAAAAUUCUUCAAGGAAUUGAAGGGGUUUACACGACAGAAGUUGAUUCUACGCAGCACAAGGUUACAGUUACAGGCAACGUUGAAGCUGAAACUCUCAUCAAAAAGCUUUCAAAAUCAGGAAAAUCAGUGGAACUUUGGCCACAAAAACCACCUGAGAAGAAAGAUAAAAAACAUUCAACAAAAUCAAAUGAAGAUCAAAAGAAUAGUACUGAACCAGUUGAUGGUGAAAGUAGUCAUGAAGAUUGUAUAGAUGAUGUAGGUGAUGGCGGUGGUGAAGAAGAUUCAAAUCAUAAUGAUAGUGGUGGUGGUGGUGAUAAUAAAAGUGAGGGGGGUGCUAAAAAGAAGAAGAAAAAGAAAAAGAAGAAUAAAAGUGCUUCUGUAACUUCUGUUCCUCUUAGUAAUAAUGAUGGAGGAGAAAAAGUGAUUAUUAGUACAGAAAAAAUUGCUUCUCCCAGGGAAAUUAUUGUCCCUCCAGUACUUCAGCAACAGCAUGGUUAUAAUAACCCAUAUCCACCACAUAUGUACUAUUCACACCCUCCUCUUGCCCAUGCACCACCACCUUAUGGGUUAAGCUAUAACACAUCCUAUCCUGUUUCAACUACUUCUGCUUAUUAUGUUGGGGCACCUAUCAUGCCUAUGCAUGCUAAUUACUCUAGAGUUCCUCCACCACCUCCUCCACCGUCUGAUCCAAUCAAUAACUAUGGUUAUCAUCAUGAUCAUGAUGAAUAUGAAGGUGGAUAUUGCUCUAUUAUGUGA